AUGAAGCUCUCCGUUCAUUUCGGUCUUUUGACCUUCGUAUCAUCAGUUAUUGCCCAGAAUGGUAAUGGCCCCAAUGCACCAGCAAGCUACCGCGUCGACUCUUCCCUCCCCAGUCACACCAUUUAUAGCCCUGCAUCAGGCAAUUCAAGCCUGUUGCCAGUUUUCAUCUGGGGAAACGGCGCCUGCUCCGCCGACGGCACGUCUGCUCAGAACUAUCUCAAGCAAAUUGCAUCCUAUGGCUACCUCGUUAUUUCACAGGGCACUCCAGGCAAGUCAGGCAGCACCACUGCCGCACAGAUGAAGCAAGCUGUCAACUGGGCCGCUACUGGUGGAAGCGGAGCUUUUGCUGGUAAGGUGAACACCAAGCAGAUCAUGACGGCGGGUUACAGCUGUGGCGGUACCGAGGCAUACAACUUCAUCAGCGAUAACCGUGUGUCAUCCAUCGGCAUCUUCAACUCUGGAAUGCUCGGCAACUACGAUCAGGCGAAGCAGAUCAAGAAGCCUAUUAUCUUCGCUCUUGGCGGCCCUAACGAUAUUGCUUACGGCAAUGGUGAACGCGACUACAAGAAUCUUCCAUCUGGAACCCCCUCCUGGAAGGGAAACCUCAACCGCGUUGGCCAUGGAGGUACCUACGGUGAAGUCAAUGGCGGAGCCUUCGCGAAGGCUACCGUUCAAUGGCUCAACUGGGUUUUCAAGGGCGACACCAGCGGCAAGACUUAUCUGCUUGGUGGAACCCCUGCUGACGGCUGGAACAAUGCCGUUAACAAAGGCCUCGACAACUUAAAGGUACCCGUCAGCGCAAACUAA